GUGUGUGUAAGUCUCUGUAUCUCUGCAAUGUUCUCCUGCCGCUCUCUCCUGCUUCAGCUGCUCAGUGUCUGCAGCCUGACUGCUCCCUCACUGGCUCUGCCCUUUGAGCAGAGAGGAUUCUGGGACUUUGCUAUGGAUGGAGAAGUGGGAGAUCUGACAACGGUAAUGAUGAGAGAUGAAGAGGGUUCAGCUGUAGAGGAGCUGCCACCAGAUGUGUCCUUAUGCCCCUUUGGAUGCCAUUGUCAGCUCAAUGUGGUGCAAUGCUCAGACCUAAGUUUGACUGCAGUGCCCAAGGAAAUUCCCAGAGACACCAAACUCCUGGACCUACAGAACAACCGCAUCACAGAACUGAAGGAGAAUGACUUCAAAGGACUUACAAACCUCUAUGCUCUGUCACUGGUCAACAACAAGAUCUCCAAAGUCCACCCGCGAGCCUUCACACCCCUCCUACACUUAAAAAAGCUUUAUUUUUCCCGUAACCUCCUGACAGUGGUACCCAAGAACCUUCCCCCGUCCCUGGUGGAGCUGCGCAUUCAUGAGAACCGUAUUAAGAAGGUUGCAGAAGGAACGUUCUCUGGUCUGGGCAGCAUGAACUGCAUUGAGAUGGGCGGAAACCCUAUUCAGAACAGCGGCUUUGAGCCUGGUGCUUUUAAAGGCCUGAAACUCAACUACCUGCGCAUCUCUGAGUCCAAACUCACUGGAAUACCAAAAGACCUCCCUGACAGUCUUCAUGAGCUCCACUUGGACAAUAACCAGAUCCAGGCCAUUGAACUAGAGGACCUGAGCCGCUAUAAACCCCUGUACAGGUGAAGCCACUCAUGACUC